UCUAUACUGAGUCAGCACAAUGGGGAAACUGUCCUCUCACACUGCUUCCUCUGGGCAUAAUUACACAAGCUGGGACACAGAGCAGACAUAGGUGCCUCCGUGAACUUGCUAUUCUCACGAUGGCGCUGGGUAUAGGGCUGACACUUCUUAUAGCUACUGCUGUAACGCUACUGAUUUAUAUCAUUACAUGGUGGAAAAAGAUCAGACAGAAGAACCUUCCCCCCGGGCCCACACCUCUGCCCCUACUGGGGAAUAUGCUGCAGGUCAACCCAACAGAACUGCAUAGAGAUCUGGUUAAGCUUAGUGAAAAGUAUGGUCCUGUAUACAUGUUUCAUGUGGCUAAUAUCCAAGGAGUCAUGAUCGUUGGAUACGAGACUGUUAAGGAGGCCCUGAUUGACUUCGGAGAUAUAUUCGCUGACAGAGGGAAUCUUGAAAUUAUUAGACUACUGUUCAAAGGAUAUGGGGUUAUUAUGACCAAUGGAGAGAGGUGGAAAACAUUACGUCGAUUCUCUCUCAUGACCUUGAGAAAUUUUGGAAUGGGGAAAAGGAGUAUUGAGGAAAGAAUCCAAGAAGAGGCCAGGUGUCUUGGUGAAAAAAUAAUGCAAAUCCAAGAUACCCCAUUUGACCCAACACACCUGCUGGGAUUGGCUGUUUCUAAUGUUAUUUGUUCUGUUGUGUUUGGUGAGAGGUUUGACUAUGAAGACAAUAAGUUCAUGACCCUCUUAUCUUAUCUCAGAGAAAUGUUCAAGCAACUGAAUUCUCUCUCUGGUCAGCUUCUUAAUAUGUUCCCAAGCUUGCAUCGCAUUCCGGGCCCACACCAGAAAAUCUUUACAAAUAAUAAUAAGCUGAGAGAGUUUGUGAGGGACAUGAUAAAAUCCCACCAGGACACACUGGAUGAGAACUGCCCACGGGACUUCAUUGACUGUUUUCUUGUGAAGAUGGAGGAGGAAAAAAAUAAUCCAGACACUGAAUUCCAUGAGGAGAAUUUAGAAGGGACAGUGAUUGACCUGUUCUUUGCUGGGACAGAGACAUCAAGCUUGACAUUGAGAUAUGGCUUUCUUAUACUGCUCAAAUACCCAGAGGUACAAGAGAAGAUACAUGAAGAGAUUGACCAUGUAGUUGGCCAGGAUCGAUAUCCAUCAGUGGAGGAUCGGAGUAAAAUGCCAUACACAGAUGCCGUGAUCCAUGAAAUUCAGAGAAUUGCAGAUAUUUUUCCUAUAGGACUGGCACGUUCAGCAAGAGAAGACACAGUCUUCAAGGGAUAUCACAUUCCAAAGGGCAUGUUGGUGGUUCCAAUCCUAACCUCAGUCUUGAAGGACCCAAAGCACUUUAAGAACCCAGAACACUUUGAUCCUGGGCACUUUCUUGAUGAGAAUGGUGACUUUAAGAAGAAUGAAGCCUUUAUGCCUUUUUCUACAGGAAAACGCAUUUGUUUGGGGGAGGGUCUGGCUCGCAUGGAGAUCUUCCUUUUCUUCACUACUAUACUGCAAAAAUUUUAUUUGAAGCCUACAGUGGACAAGAAUGACCUAGACAUUACACCAGAACCCAAGACCAAUGGAUCUCGACCUCGAACGUAUGAAAUGUUUGCUGUUCCUCGUUGAAGAAUUAUUCAUUAUAUUCCAUUGUGACUAAUAACAAAUAUAAAUGUGAGACACACAGACACUGUGUACAUAACUUUUCUUUUUACACAUAGAGAAAUCUAUCAUAACUUCUGGAAUGAUAAAUAUUCCAAGUUUCUCUUCAGCCCAUAAACAGCUGUGUACCCAACCCAAUACAUUGCUGUUGAGAGGUCUAGAUCUAGGAUCUAUGAGACAGGCAUUUAGAGAUUAAUCUAAUUUUGUUUGGAACAAAAAGAAUGACAGAGCUGAUUAGCAUGAAACUUGUGCCUGGUCAAUUACACCCCUUCCUACCACUAUGGUGUGUAUGUGAAUGUGUUGUGUCUGGGUGGGCUUUAGUUGCUGUGUACAGUACACUAUGUAACAAGGGCUAUGUCAUCCCGUUUGCCUCAUAUAUGCAUGUUCUAGCUGUAAGUGAUUUUGUUUUCCAUGUUGUACACCUUACCAAGGCCCAUUCAAUAACCUCUAAAAAUCAGGAAUGUCUUGCAGAAAUCAAAGUAAUUGUAAGCAGCUUUGCAAUAGCAAUCCUUUCUGAAAUAGGCCUUUUGUGAGGAGUAUAUUCAAUAGCCACACAGUAAAUUGAAUCGGAUAUGCAGUAUGAUCUGAUAAUGAUUGAUUCUAACCUUUUCCAUUAUGAAUUAGGCAAUGACCCCUGACAGAACUAUUGAGUAAACAGCCAUUGGGCAGCCACCUAUGAUGGUGUGUACACACUCAUCUCCUGAAAUACUGUAGGAAGUUCAUUUUAAAAAGGAUGUUCAAAACUUAAAGGUAACUAACACCUCAAACUGGUCCCAGGUGUUCUUUACCAGUCCCUAUAAUACUCGUGCAAUUUAUAUACAGUACAUAGUGUUGUCUUUAUAUUGUCUAUAUAUGCUUGUGUCUAACAACAAGAAUUGUCUUUUCUAUUCACUUUGUAAACAGAUAUAAAUAUUUUAUUUCACCUUAUAUAGUUUAUGUGCAAUUGUUUACACAAUAA